AGCAGUAUUUGAAGCCUUUUGUUGUACGACUCCGGCAGCCAUUUUACGAAGUGGAUUCAUACGAGAACAUCAGGGCAGUAGUCUGUUUUGUUAAAGGUUACUCCGUGGCGAACAGACUUUCCACUCUCUGUAGUAGCGUUUAGAGCUUAACGGGGCGAGUUUUCAUAUUUUUUAUUAAGAAUUAAUUGCUUGUUAGCUAUGUCUCGUGACCGUUUCAGGAAUCGCGGAGGAUUCCAGCAGCGAGGCCGAGGAGGAGGAGGAGGAAUGCGGGGCGGAAUGGGAAACCCAAAUUUUCGAAAUAAUAAUCCACAGCAUCCGUUUCAGAACCGCGGCCCUCAGCCUGGUGGUGGUUAUAAGCCCAAUCAGGGAAAUCCAGUGAACCAAGCCACCCCGCAGAAACCGGAGGGAACUAAUGUCACCCAGAAGCCCGAGAUGAAGUCGCCGCCGCCGCAGCAGCAGCAGCAGCAGCAGCCUGAUGCACAGAGCAAGGCUCCGGCCCAACAACAACAACUACAGCAGCAGCAAGUACAACCGCCUCCGACUCAACAACCACCGGUUCAGUCACCUCCGCCGAAAAACAUUAAUACCAGACCAGAACCCUCAACACCACAGAAUCAACCCCGAAAAAACCAGCAGAAGACACCAGUCAGUGGAAACGGCUCAAAGCCUCCUAACAGUGAAGGCCAGACAUCGCGUGCAGCUGAUGCCGCCGAACCGCAGGAAUUUAAGGCAUCGCUCUCAAUGCUGCGCAGACCCGGGGAGAAAACCUACACUCAGCGAUGCCGGCUGUUCAUCGGCAAUUUGCCCAACGACAUUACCGAAGACGAGUUCAGAAAGCUGUUCUCCAAGUAUGGAGAGCCCAGUGAAAUCUUCAUUAAUCAAGGCAAAGGGUUUGGCUUCAUAAGGCUGGAGUCACGCGCUUUAGCAGAGAUUGCAAAGGCUGAAUUGGACGAUAAACCCAUGAAAGGCAGACCACUCAGGGUUCGCUUUGCUACCCAUUCAGCUGCAUUAUCCAUCCGUAAUCUGUCCCCGUAUGUCUCCAAUGAGCUUCUCGAGGAGGCUUUCUCCCAGUUUGGAGUGGUCGAAAGGGCAGUGGUUAUCGUGGAUGACCGUGGGCGCUCUGUUGGAAAAGGCAUCGUUGAGUUUGCUACCAAGCCGGCAGCUCGAAAAGCUCUUGAUCGGUGCAAUGAUGGAGUCUUCCUACUCACGGCGUCACCUCGUCCAGUUGUUGUUGAGCUGAUGGAUCAGUUUGAUGAUGAAGACGGUCUGCCAGAGAAGCUUGCCCAGAAGAACCCAAAUUAUCAGAAAGAGAGAGAGCAGCCCCCACGUUUUGCCAGACCAGGCACCUUCGAGUUUGAAUACUCACAACGGUGGAAGUCUCUUGAUGACAUGGAGAAACAGCAGAGGCAGCAGGUGGAGAAAAAUAUCCGUGAAGCCCGUGAGAAGCUGGAAGCAGAAAUGGAAGAUGCCUACCAUGAGCACCAAGCUAACUUGCUUCGACAGGAUCUUCUUAGGCGACAAGAGGAACUGCGACGCAUGGAGGAGAUGCAUAAUCAGGAAAUGCAAAAACGCAAAGAGAUGCAGCUUAGGCAAGAGGAGGAGCGACGCAGACGGGAGGAGGAAAUGAUGCGGCAGAGAGAAAUGGAAGAACAGAUGAGGCGCAAGCGUGAGGAGUCCUACAGAAUGGGUGGUUUCAUGGACAGUAGGGAUAGGGAGAUGAGGAUGAGUUCUGGAGGAGGUCUUGGAUUGGCAGAUAUGCCUUUUGGCCCUAACAACCAGAAGUUCCCAUUGGCCAGAAUGGGCUUUGAUGGUCACCAGGGACUCGGCGGACCAGUGGCGGGGGGCAUGGUGCCCAACGAAAUGCACAAUGAGCGUUUCCCUCAAGGUGGCCCUGCAGGUCCGAGGGGCAUGGGUCCUGGCAAUUCAGGAUUUGGCAGAGUCCGUGAGGAAUUCGAGGGACCUGCCAAGAAGCCACGCUUCUGAUCUGGCACUUUUAUAUAGCAGAGCUUGUUUCUGGAUUCCCAGUGGUUCUGGGGUCUUAAUUAAUUAAUGUAUUUAAGUUUAAAAUAUUCCAUUGGAAUUUUAGCCUAAAGAUCCAUCUUUUUUCUUUUUUUUUUUUUGUUUUGUUUUGUUUUGUUUUUUGUGGCAAGAUUUUUUUUUUAUUUUUUUUUUUUUAACUAAUUUGUGUGUUCAAAUUAGAUCAAAGUAGUGAACUGCUCAGCAAGAGGGUCUUCUUGCUCAGUACAUCCUGUUGUAUUCUCCUUUUCUACGUAUAUAAUCAUGCAAUGUUACUUGUUACGCUGGUUAUUCUUGUAAGUUGUUCUGCUGUUUCUAUGGUUAUGUUCUGUGCCAUUCAACAUUUUGAGAUAAUCCAUGUAAUUUGCAAUAAAGAGUACAUUUGGUUGUUCAAACCCCACUUCAACAUUUUAGCACAGUGUUUGACUUUGUCCUAAAAAUUCACUAAGCACCUACAAAGAAAAUAUGAUUCAUGAAAUAUUUGGGGUUUGGUUCUUGUUAGUGUUUGAAUUCAGUUAAUUCAAACUUUAUCUAGGACUAUGCACCACAUGGAUUAAUAAAUACAGGGGUGGACAAAUCAUAAAUUCGUUAGCUAGCUCAUCUGGCAAGCAAAAGCCCCCAGUUGUUCUUUUAGUUGCCUGAAGACGUAACUGACUUAAAGCUAAUGUACUGAUGUGGCUAGUGAGUAUGUAAAAGCUGUUGUGGUCAGUCCCCAAAUCACAUGUAAAAGAUAUUGAGUCUGGCUAAUGCAGGUAGGCACAUUGGCUAUGCUGAAUUGCCCCUAGUGUUGCCCCCUUUCACCUAGUCUUACAGGAUAGGCUCCGGACCCUGACUGGGAGAAAGUGACUCAGCCAGAUUACGCUUUGGCAAAUGCGUGUAGUGCAGCAGGUGGUGUGAGGAGUCAGAGCGAGGUGUUUGUGCUGUAGUUACACCAUCAUAUGUACCACUUUGAAACACUGUAAACAGCCUACAUGCAAAAUGUAACUUUGUUUUGCACAAGUCAUUGAGGAGUAUUUUUUCUUUGUUUGUUUUUAUGGGUGUUGAGCCUAUUUGUCUGUCGGGCAACUGUGAAUUAAAAAAAAAAUGCCCAGGUAUGAAAUCUGCUUGUCCAGGGUAUAUGGGCCAAUGUUUUGUCCACCCCUGAAGUGCAUACUAAUGCUUGGUUUGGGAUGUGCAGUAUGGAAUGGAGGCUUGAAGAACUUCAGUUUUUCAGUAGCCUGGCAUGCAUUCAGUUUGAUUCUCAUUAUAAAAGGCCAUACUAUUUUCAAGACUUUUAAAACCUGCAUUUAAAGUUGCAGUAGGUAAGUUUGUUAAAAUUUCAAGAGUUUUGUGGUUGUCAUGCUUUCCAAUAUGAACGUUACCAUGCUAAGACCUAUAGACGGUCACCAGCCUAAAGAUAUUACCGACAUAUUGUAAUUACCUGUACAAACAAACAUUCAGGAAAUUUGAGGCAUGGUAAAGAAAGCAACAAGGUAAUGCAUGCUACCACCUGCAUUUUACUAUAUGGCUUUCAAGCAUUCCCCACGACCAUACAGUUAUUGCUUUUAACAUGGUGAGGCAAAUUCGUGGUAAUGCUAAUCCAAGAUGUUGUACUGCUAAGUAGGAUUCAUUCAAGCUUUUUUUUUUUUUUAGUGUAGAAUUCUGCUAAUAUUGCAAAGCAAUGGUGUCUUUAGCCCUCUUUAAUUACUUUGCUGCCUUCAGGUUGUAGGACUCUGCUGCUGGAACAAUUGUUCUAAUGGAGUCUUGGCUCUAAAGGCUUGCAUUUGAGGACUGUUACAGCUUAUUUUUAUUAUUUGUUUCUGCAAGAAAAUGGAAGUUCUUGAAUUCCUAUCAGACUUCCUAGAAGUUGUGAGUUAUUAGCCUGAGUAUGUAUCAAUGCAGAUUGGGUAUGAUUAUGAUCAUGGGGUGGUUUACUUUGGGUGGUAUGGCUGGAGCUAAAUACAUCCAUAAAAAUGUCUUUGCCAUUGUGUUUUGUUGGUCGUCUGUAUAUUUUCUUCCUUAACAGGUGACUGUCCAAAGUUGUGUGCACCAGAACUUGUGACGGAUUUUAUCCAUGCAUCCUCCAUUAGUGAGGGUUUAAUGCCGUGCUAUAAAGUGCUGUCCUGUUUAUGCAAUUAAAAUAUGUUUGGAUGGAUGGAUAUCUUUGAGUCUUUAAGUUUUGCUAAAUCUACAAAAGAAUCAGAACUUUCUACUAGCUGUAGCAUAACAAGAGUGAAUACAUACCUACAUAUUACUUCAGUAUUAUGAAUCACGAGUGCCUUUAAAAUAAGCACUUCAAGAAUUUAUAUCUGUAGGCCAAUUCUGAUGGCGGUAACUAUGACCAAAAAUUCUAAAAUCUAGUCUUUUAGUUUGUAAUGAACCCCAUUUUGUUGCUACAUCUUACACCAAGGAGAAAAGUCUUAGUGUAGGAGGCAACGGAUUCCCCUCAUCAUCCAACAGUACACCAGCUCUCAUAUCGCCUCAUCUGCAAAGGGGGUGACCUCCAUGAUGCCUCCUCAUCCAAAAAGAAACCCAGUGGUGUAUCCUGCAUUGAUUAAUCAAAUUAAGCACCCUAGGAAAUGAAUUUCAAUUUCUUUUUUUUUUUCUUUUCUUUUUUUUUUUUGUGCUUCCCCUUCUCACUUCUUAGUGCCUUGUUUUGAAAGGAAACCAGUGAGUUUGAACUCUGAUCAGUAACCAAAAGCCUUAACCUCUGAGCAUCCCCUGCCUUGAAGAAUUGGGAGCAUAUUGACCAAAUACAUGCGUCGCUUACUGAAGUGUCGCUCUAAAGUUAUUUACUUAUAUACCAUGUGGUGUGGUAACGCACUCAGUGAUUUUAGUUAUUGUAUAUGUGCAUUACACAGUUAAAUGCUCGUUCUAGUCUACAAAAUUCUUUUAAGACUUGAGACACUUUGUUUAAGCCUUGCACGCUUUAAUUGACUUUUCCCCCAAGGCUUUUGUAUUCAUUGUAAUUUAAUUAAUAUUAUUUAUUUUGUAUUAAUUGUUUCAUUUGUUGGGAGAAGUGGUGGACAUUCUACAGAAAAAUACUUCCGUGUAGGAUGAAUUAGGUACUCGACCUAAAAGUGUCCUAUUUCCUUGUUCCUUGAUUCCUUUGAGAGCAUUUGUACGUCUUUAGAUGCCAGUCUGAUCGAUUUCCUGGUCACAGGCUGAAGGAUGUUGAAUCAAGGAGGCAUCAGUUAAUUUGCAAUGUUAUGUACUGUCAAAUGGAAGGUAAACAGUCAGCAUGCCUUAUGUUUAGAAACACAUGCACCACGGCUUUUAAGAGGCUUAAAAUCUUAGUCUCUGAAAUAGCAGUGAUGCCAUUACUUCUGCUGUGAAUGGACAAUUAAAUUUAUCUUUGAAUAAUAAAGUUCUUUUGAUUAUGUACAUGUGCUAAUAUAUAUUAUUCUUUAAGAGGUAUAACGUUUCAGCUUGCUAGGACUACAACCUAACGACCUAAAGUCCUGUGACUUGUUUAGAAGUGGAAAGAUUUUUCUGAAUUGGUUUCCGUGCAAGUUGCUUGAGUCAUGUGCGUGCUACAAGCUAAAGAUGACUAUAUGUAACUGAGUAACAAGGAUUGACGUCUUCCUGUUCCGGAUGCUGAGAAGCACCCCAUAGUGUGAUGAUACCACCACCAUGCUUCACCAUAGAGAUGGUAUUAGCCAAAACAGUGCCUUGUUUUUGCCAGGCAUAGUGCUUGCUGUUGAUCCCAGCGUUGUUUUUUUCUCCCCUCCUUCAUCAGACCAGAGAAUCUUUUCCUCAUGCCUCUCUCCUAAAGGCAUGAUUGUUGUAAUAUUUCUGAGGUGGUUGUCCUUCCAGCAGAUUCUCCCAUCUCUGCAGAGAACUUCAGAAGCUCUGUUAGAGUGACCAUGGGGUUCUUGGUCACCUUCCUGACCAAGGCCUCUGUAGGCCAGUUACUGAGUUUGACCGGACAGCUAGCACUAGAAAGAGUCCUGGUGGGUCCACUGUGCUCCUAGGAACAUUCGGAGUUCCUUGGACUUCAUCGCUUGGUUUUUGCUCAGACAUGCACUGUAAAUUGUGGGACCUUAUACACAGGUUUGGGCCUUUCUAAAUCAUGUCCAGUCAGUUGAAUUUGCCACAGAUGGACUCCACUCGAGUUCUACAGACAUUUCAAGAUAAACAAGGCAAACAAGAUGGAACUGAGGUCAGUUUGGAACAUUGUAGCCAAGGCUCUGAAUGAGAGAUUUCACUUUUUGCUUUUUAAAAAGUUUGCACAAAAAAAAAAUGUAAAAAUGUUUUUUUUUUUUUUUUUUUUUCUCCCUCUCCCUUUGUCAUUAUGGGUUAUUGUGUGUAGAUUAAUGACCAAGAGAGUAAAUUUAAUCAAUUUUAAAUUAAAAUCUAUAAUGCAAUAAAGUACAAAAACUGAAGGAUUCCGAAUUACUUAACCAACUCACUGUAUGCACUCAAUCGGAGAGUGCUGAAGAUGUUUGUUACCAUGUUAAAGCAUUCUUGGAAGAUCUUACGCAGAGCGAAUGAAACUUGGCAAUUCGUUGCAUUAGGGUGUAAGUAUGAUGUGAUUUUUCUGUAAAAUGAGCAUAACUCAAUGAGAAUUACAAUUCAUACGUUUCAGUUAUACUGAGCUAAAUUAAACAAAGAUUUGUUUAUUUUUACAAGUUGCAUGCUCUAGUUUAAAUAGUGAGGUGUGCAAUGCCACAAUGAGAAGCAUCCAUAUUUGAACAUCCAUAACAGACAGAAGCUUUUGGUUGGAAAGAUUUUCUUUGUCUGGCUAUUGAACAUGAGAAAAACUCUAGUGAUUGAUAUCAGCAUUUUGUUUCAUCGAUGCCAGUUUUUAAAAAAAUAAUAAUGAUAAUAGCCUGGAUGUGCAAUCUACUUGUCCCAGGCUAAUAGUCUGUCCAUUCCUGGUAAUAUAACAUCUCAGAACACAUGGUUUUAUGGUACCUGUGACAAUUCUAGUGUGUAAGCUGAGUCACUUCUUUUGUGUUUCAGUAAGCUGACUUGAAAAUUGUAGUCCUUUAAAACAGUGUUUACUAAAGCUGAGCCGACAUUUUACAGGUUUUUCAUCUAGUAUUCUAGCUCUGAAUGUCUUCUACAUUUACUCAGCAUUUUCAGGAUCAUGGUGGAAUCACAUGGAGGUUCUGUUGGAACUGACAGGUCUGGCACCACACAAAUGACACUCACAUUAAUAGAUUAGUUUUGGGGGAAGCUCAUAUGCUUGUCCCUUCAAAGGCAGGUCUUUAUGUAUCCUGAUAACAUGGAAAAUUUUGUACAUUUUUUUCAUAAAUACAUUACAUUUUGCUUUUAUCUCUACUGGUAAUUUACAGAUUAUGGAAUUCCUCAAAUCAACUUUUUAAUUAGUUAAGCCAAAAUUUGUGCCUUCAGCUUUGAUUUUUAUAGCUUCUGACUAUGCACAUGUAGAUUAAAUUCUGUAGAUCAUGUAAUUUAACCACAAGUCAAACUUUUCUAAACGGAUAAAUCGAUAGAUGUGAUAUAGGUGAAUACUGAACUGAUAAUUGCUUUCAUGAUGGCACUUUUGCCUCUCCUUAAAAAUUAAAAGUAAACUAAAAUCCCUCAGUUCUGUAAUUUGUAACCUUGCAAAACAUUUGGCAUGUGCAAGCAGAAAUGUAGGAGUCCCCUACAUGCUAGUCAUUGCUGGAAUAUUAUACUGCAUUAGUACAAGUAGUACAACUGAAAUUCUACUUAACUUACCCAGAUGCUACUGAAGACGGUAGCCCCAUCAAGAAAUGCGAGUUUGUUUACAGGACUGCAGUAAAGCAGAAGAAGCCCAUCAGUUGUUUGCUAGUUAAUAUAAUAAACUUGUAAAAAUUUCUUAACUAGACUAGAUGCUUUUGUGAAAAGGUACUUUCUGCAAAGGUUUUUCAACUAUGACUGUUUAACACAUUAGAAGUUUGUUGUAUUAUCAUGUUUUUUUUUUUUUUUCUGUUUUAUUUUAAAGGUAGUAAUUUUUAAAGCUGAAUUUAUUUUUGUCCUCUAUUUAAAGCAUGUAAAAAUCAGAUGUAAAUAAAAAUUAAAAUAAGAUAUGAAUAUAAACAUUUUAGCUAGGCUCUGUCUCCCAUAGCCAUACAAGAAUUGCUGGCAUCCACCAAUUGGAGAUGUUUUGAGGAAAAACAGCACUGCUGAUCCUUAGGGCAACAUCUGGCACUGCAGUUUAAUAUUAAUAAAUUGAAAUGUUAAGUAUCCAACAUAUAUAAUAAAUGUCAUACAGUUAGUGUUAUCACUGCUGUUAAGGAUAAUAGAAAUAAUCUAAAAUCCAUGUAUUUACUAUUUGAAUAAUCAAUUUAGAAUUUAAACACUCCAUAAAAUGGCUGACAUGCUGUAUUGUAGUGCAUGGCAUUAUAAUGUGCAAAAGCUCUAGUGGCACCAGGACUGGCUAACCAGAUUGGAAAUUUAUAGGUGGUGGAAGUCCUAUGACCCCAGACCAAUAGAUUAGAGGGGGAAAAAAUGGUUAUUAAAGCUGAUCUUUCUUUCAUGUAUCUUACUUGCGGUAAGUGAAGUACCAUUAGCACUUUGGGAGUCCCAGCCCUUUAUAAAUGAAUACAGUGAUUGAGACCAGAGUGGACUUUGGUACACCUUUAGAGUAUGUUACACUAGAGCAUUGUGAAUUUAUGCUCUUCCUAAUGAGUUUUAUACAAAAUUACUAUUGAGUCUUCGUUCAAUUAAACAGCUUACAAGUAGAAAUUAAAUUAAUGAUGGAUUUACAUUUUAAAGAGCAGUUCCAGUGGUCUUUUUCCUGUUACAGUUCUGUGUACAAACACUGUCUAUGCCACUAGGCAUUGAACACCUUGAUGUAAUAACUUCCCAAGGAAUUAAACCAAGGUAAGACACUCCAUGUUGAUUACUUGCACCUCGAAGAUGGAGAGAUUUAUUUUGGUCACAGCUCAAAUAUUCAACAAUGAGUGAGUCUUUUAAUUCCUAGGACUGACUUUUAAAGCCUGUAUAAAGCCCUCAACAAAACCCAAUGGCAAAAAAAGUCUGUUGGUUGUCUCACAUUUUUGUGACUUAGAAUUAAAACCUAACUGGCGUGACUCCUGUUAAACCAGGUGUCUGUUUUUUCUUACGCGCUGAUCUUCGUUCAUCCAGCUAAUGAACCUUAUUUGUUCAUAUACAGUGGUAACACAUGUCUAUAGUAAUCUGUUGAUUACUACUCUGAUUGUCACUAAGCUGAUUACCACUCAGUGAAUGGCUGAAGUCAUGGGCAGAAACCUAAAUGGAAACAAUAAAUAGCUAUAUUCCCAACCAGCAGACACACAUGGAGUUCUUUUGCAAGAAGUAAUGCAUUAAGACAAAUUCAACAGUUGUCUUUGCAAUUUUUCACUAUUGCAGUAGAAAGGGUUUUAAAAAUCCUUACUGUUUUCCCAGGGCAGUAAUCUCAUGACUACCGUACAUUUACGAAGCUUGAUAUUCAGUGUACUGAUGCUAGAGUCUUACAAAUAAGCCUGUGCCUAAAGUACAUUGACUCAUGUCAAAGAUCAAAUAUGCUAAUAAUAGAACAUAAUCUUUGUUAAGAAACAAGCAAUAAGGCCAUUUAAUGUCAUGGUUUUGUUACUUUUUCAUGUAAUUCACUGGAGUUGCUCUUUAAGCUUGCAGAAAACAGAAUAAAUUUACUAAUGCUCCUCUGGCCAAAAUCAACUUUGCUCCAUCUCAUGGAUGGAAAAGUUAAAGCCUUCAACUGAAAAACCAUGAUGCAGUCCUACUGGGGAAAAAAAUGACAUGCUGUAUUUAAAGCUGUACAAACAAAAACAGGAUUAAACAGUGUUGAGGUGAGAACUCUGUUCUACACCAGCAAUACCAAUAUUCGAUAUUUGAUGAAAAGCAAACUCUUUCUGUUGGCGUCCACACUUGCCAUUUCCAGUUCUCUGUGAGGAGAGCUUGUUUCUGUGUGUGUAACGUGUAUGGCAUGGAUGGUGGUGCUGUAGCUAAGCAGUAGCAGCCAGUGUCCAGCUUGCCCAGCUCCACAGUUGACACUCCAGCAGUUGGUUACAAUGAGACAAGAUGAGUAGUUCUUCAGAUCAGUGGACAGUUGAGCCUGGACUUAUUUGCAUCGAGAGGUUUGCUUGCGUAUCAUCCGAAAAGGUAAGUGCUCAUGUCUUUUGUUCAAUGAAGAUGAAAAACACAGGGCUGCUUCACCUCCCUGAUUCACCUCGCAUGUUGAAUUUAUUGGGGUUCUGGCAUCACACUUCUGAAAAUGGAUUCACAGUGCAGAUUUUUUGUUGUGGACUCAGUAUGGCUAACAGGUUGUGUUUUUAUCUGUUCUCUCUGGCUUCUUGGACAGUGAUGGACUACUGUACAAUUUAGCAAUUGCAUGGCUGCUGAACAUUUCUUGUGAAAUGCCCUAAAAUAAGCAAGUGACGGGGAUGGGAUGGUGUGUGGGGGGGCAGUUUCCUUAAGGAAGUAAUAUUGUUGCAUUGACGUACAUUGAAAUACCUUGGCACGUUUGUCUGGACAUGGGCGAGCCUGGGCUUGAAGUUGGAGAAAAUCCAAUAUUUAGGCUCAUGUCAGUGUCUCAAAGUGUAUACUGGUUCUGCCAGACUGAUGGCCUGACUUUAAUGCAUCACUGUAUAUUCCUCUGUGAAAGGGUCUCAGUAUAAUCUUAGGUUAACGUGGUAUCUGAAUAGAGAUAAAAUGAGUGGGGUUUUUUUUGUUUGUUUGUUUUUUUUUUAAUAAUGAAAUCUGAACUAUAUAUACAGUUCCAUAACCCUGUUUUAAUUUUGAACUUUUCCUUGUAUGGAAAUUAUGUAGUUCUGGCAGACUGAUGCAAGAAUGUGUAUAAAGUAGCAGAGGUGAUACAGGAGCCACCUGAAAAUGAAAGACCAAAUGCAAAUAAAAUUCUGUCACAGAAGUCAAUUCACUGAAGGGGAAAGGACACAGGACUUGAAAGAGGCAUGUGCUUCUAGUUGCAGCUACUUUUUUUUUUUUUUUUUUUUUUUUUUUUUUUAAAUAAAGAAACUACUUAAGUACCAAUCACAUUGGACUUUUUCGCUUACUGUUGCUUGGUGCACAUUCUUGACAGUUUAGAAAAGCUGAGAAUUGUCUAGGGAUGGAGGUUGAUAGAAAGUGUUAUACAUGGAUUAUUGCUUAAAACAGCAUAUUGGGAUAUUAAGGUCUUAAAUUCGGCAUUUAUUUCUUUGUGUUCUUUAGCUUGGAUCAAUAAAUUACAUGGUUCACUGUUUAUCAUUUAUGUAUAGACCAUAAAUGGUGAUCAGUAUAUUCCAAACUGAAGGUUACUAUAGUUAAGGUCUAAGGUUACGUAUAGUCUGCAAAAGAACUUCUAAAGCAUCCCAUAGCAACAGCAUUCCUUGAAUCCUGCUGUGCCUGCAGUUACCUGGACUGGAAUAAGUUCACUUAUGGAAGACCUCUUCAAGGUAUAAGCUCAAGGCUUGUAUGUGUAGGGAUUUUAAAAAAUAAUUAAAAAUCAUAAUAUUGUACAAGAGGUUGCACCUUUUGCACUUUCUUGCUCUGUGAGGCAUCCCUGUGUGUCUACUUAAGAGGGCUGUGAUACUUGAUUGUGACUGGUCUGUUCUGUUUCUCAUGAAAAGCAAAAAAACAAAGCCAGUAGUCUGUUAGUCCAGACACACAUCCAACUACUUAGCAAGCUUGCAUCUUUUAUUAUUUUUUCUUUAAUAAUUCUAGCUUAAUAGCGAAACGUUCUUUGAAACCAGUGGGUUUUGACUUGUUAUUCCACAAAUAUUUGACACAGUUGCAAUUCCUGCACUACUUGACUUGCAUCAUUAUUCACAGUUCCUUUUCCUGCUUGGCCUUGCGCUCUAGGUCCACUAUGAUCUUUCUUGUGCAAGAUCCCACUCAUUGUAUUAACCCACAACACAGUGUCCUGAAGUACUACAUCACCAUUUUACUAUACACAUCAUGGUGUGCCUCUGUACAUAUGUCGUGAAGACAAGGUGUUCGGUGUACGGGUGCAGAACUGCUUCUUGAAGCAUUCUGAUCUAGUGGUUCAGCAGAUUGGUUGCCCAGGGAGGUGUGUAUCUGUUUUAUCUGCACUGUGAUCCAUCAUCUCAUUCUCCCCACCUCUGGCUAUAGUUGCCUUUGCUUUACCCAUUAGGGAGUGUGAUGCCAGAACUGCCCUGUUUGCUUAAUGGCUGCCUGUGGAAAGGCAGAGCAUAACCUCACUCCUCAGGAUUUAUACUUCCAGAAACCCAGCACUGUGUAAAAGGUGAUGUCUCAGAUACAUUCCUCUAUUCCUGUUUAGAUAACUCAUUAUGUGGUUAUUAAUGAACUAUACAUCCAGCAUCAACUUCACACUUAGUCUCACACUCAGUUUGUCAGCAGGAUCUGAAUGGGUUGUGUCAUGUUUCCUCAAGCAACACAAUUAGCACUUCAAAAUGUCUGUCUUCACGUAUAACUUGUCUGUACAGUUACUUCACCAUUUUGCCAUUAAGUGUAGUAAAUUUCAGGCUUCAGAGCUGGCUUUAUUCUUGGAAAUGAAACAAUUCAUUAUACAGAGAUAUUUAUCUUAAAACUAAAUAUCAAUCUAUUAACAUGUAUAUACUAGGGCUGUAAAAACAUUUUAAAUGUGAUUUAUCUCUCUUGUAUAGUUAAUUAUGGUUAUUUAUAAUUUGUUUGCGUUACCCCUUAAGAGAGGUUUAACGUACGGACAUCAUAAUAAACAUUGAUUCUUCUUAAUAGUACAGAUGUUUCACAGCACUAGGAAAAUGUUAUCGGUAUUGAACCAUUGUGAGAAAAUGUAUUACACAACCUGAUGCAACUUAAGUUUCCGUUGCUGUGUUCACACUUUGCUUGUGACAACAAACAGAGCAAAUUUGCUCAGAUACAUUCCUCGAUUUCUAUUCUAUUUUCUUUUUACCCGUCUACUCUUGGCGCCAAAUACUAAUUAAAAAUGGAAAAUAUCUUCAUGUAUUCAUAUUAAUGGUAAAAGCUGCUGACAAUCAGACUCUAUGGCAGCACUGUAUAAACCCUCAACUUUAAAAGCUGCUGCGAUUAAGAUCAGCUUUUAAUAGGCCUAAUGCUCAGCUCCAGCUAUUAGAAUAUUUUGACAUGCAUCUCUACAAAGUAACAUCUGCAUUUGCUAAAGAGCAAACUUUUGUCUUUAAGCAGAAAAAGUAAAAAUUCACCAAGAAUUUAAAUUCAAAGGACAAAUAUUGGAGUAGCAUUCAAUUUGGUUAUUUGUUCAGUAGGGAGACAGAAGAAUUGAAAAGAAUACUUGACUUUUCUAGUAGUUCUGUAUUUGUAGCAUUUAAAAAAAAAAAAAAAAAAAAAGAACUUGUCAAUUAUACUACUUAGACACACACUAAUGACUUCACCCAGUGAUGUAUUCCAAUACCAUGAGACAUUUAAAAUAAUAACAUAAAAUUUUGGAUGUACCGCCCCCUACUAGUUAGUCACCUCCCCAAAAAAAUAGUGGCUUUAAUUUUGUGUUAACUGUAACUAAUUAACUCAGCAGCCCUACUACAUACUACUACAUACACAUUUCUUAAUGUGAAAUGACCAAAGCGUAAUGAAUAUGUCUGCCAUAUCCUUUUAUUCUAUAAUAUUUUUACAGAUUUCCUAUAUUCUAGGACUUCCUAUGUUUGGAUAAAGUUGCAUAUAUUCACAUUCCAUAUAAUCACAUAUUUUCAUCUUUAUUAGUGUAGUAAUUAUUCUAGUGUUAGUUUAGCUUCAUAAUGAAAUCUGAAGGCCAUGUUCACUCAUUGUCUCUUUCACUGCAGGGCCCUUGGGCAACUGAUGGAGGCUGAGCUCCAUGCCUGCAGAAGUAAGGUCAUUGGUUAAGUAUAAUCUAUGAUCCAGUACAUGUUGAUGCCGUUAUGAACCGUGCUGUGGACUACAAGCAGCAGACCAGCAGAUCUUCAAAUUGCAGUACUAUUUGGAAAGUGACCAAAUUGACUAGACAGCUGGAGGUUAUGAAGUUCAUCACAUGGAUUCACUGGAGCGUUCAUCUGGGAGUCACGUGUGUUCCUGCUGAAUAAUCUGAAAAGCAAAACUUAAGUUCCAGUACAGAGACUGACCUGUGUAUCCUGUAUCCCUAGAGUGUUGUCUUCAGACGAUUAAAUUCAGGGGUGUGAGUUUCACUUGGUUUAUCACUGUCGCAUCUUAUUGGCUUGUUGUUAAUAGCGUCUCUGAUUCAGGACGGACGUCUGCAAGCUGAUCACAUGCAACUGAAGUGGCUGUGAAUGGAUCCAUGUUUCUGUCUGGCCAACACUGUACACCAUCAAUCAAUAAUAAAAUAUUUGUGAACCA